AGAACCGAGAGUAUGAGCGACCUAUUAAGCUGAACUCGUCUUUUGUAACAAGUAAGUUAGUAUCAUCCAUCUUGUUUUUGAUAAGAGUCUUGUUAGCGUUACUUUGAACACUUCUGCUUCUUCUGUGUGGAGGACUAUUUUACAGUAAAUAAUAGGCCAGAAACUACAACAAGAACAACAAGAUGAGUCAAGUACGUGUCAACCACUUCAGCAGCGUCCUAGGAAGAAGGCCUCCUUCUGCUAGUUGCACUCUUCCUGCUAGUAGUCGCACUGUCCAGAAUCUUGCAAUUUUGUGUGGUCGGAGAAGCAUGGGUAUUCUGACCGACCCGUUCGCGAGGUUGCUAGCAAGUCCUGCUCCAGCAAAUCCCGGUACUGGAGUGUCAACCCCCUCGUCGUCAAGCACAUCUGCUCCAGCAAGUCCCGGUACUGGAGUGUCAACCCCCUCGUCGUCAAGCACAUCCAGCACGACGCUCACCUCCUGCUCCGACGGGGACUCUACUCUGAAUGAUGAUGGUCAAAGUAGUAAGAUUGACCAUGAACAAGACGACGCCGACGACCUUGGCAAAAAGGCCUUCAGCACGACGACCUUGAAAAUGAAGUCAACUCUGAAAAAGGAGCAGGCCGCGCCGACAUUUUACGCGCCGGUUGCCUCAUCAAAACACGUUUUGCCAACCGCGGACCCGAAUUAUAGACCUAAUCUGGCGGAGUUUUGGCGAGGUGGUCUAGGAGAUCCGGAGACGGACUUCACUGAAAAACGAAAGCUUUCGUGGUCGGGAGAUCCUUGGUUAUGAUCCACUUAGGCUUGAUAUCUUCAUCUCUUGGUUCGUUUAAAUUUUUGGUUUAAUUAUUCUACUUGUUUGAAAAGGUUGAUUUUGAUAGGAAGAUGCAAGACUUCGUCUUUUUGUCGUUGUCCCUGACACGAACUCUCGUUCGUUCUAAUCCUUCCCGCUUGUCUGUUGCGGUUAAAAAGCUUUGAGGAUUUGCACAAAUUAUGGUACGUUUGCUUGAAGGAGAAGAAUUUUCUACUUGGGGAACGCCAUUUCGUACGGCAAGCUUCGCACAGCCCAAACGUGUGGGAAAAUCACGGUCGGCUGAAGAAAGUCAAACUGACGAUGAAACGGAUUCUUACGGUGCUGUCUCGACGCGAAAUCCACGAACAAGCGCUCCGAGCAAAAGAAAUACUCAAUUAGGAAUCUAGAAGGCCGCAUACUCAACUAGAGGGGGUCUUCAAAAAGACAUAUUUUUACUUGAUUCAUUCGCAGUAGCGCGUUAUAGAAGUACUCAGAUUGGAGUCAGAAAUUCGCAGUAGCGCGUUAUAGAAGUACUCAGUUAGGAGUCAGAAGUAGAGAUAUUUAUACGUGCGAAUACGAAAAUAAAUGGACAUAAGCCCAUAAAUGACAAUCUAGUACAUGAUCACAAUUGAUCCUUGAUUGACGUCAUUGGACCCCAUCAUUCAGGAUGUUCUUCCCCUUUCAUCCCCCACCCAUUGCUUUCCCCUUUCAUCCCCCACCCAUUGCCUUCCCCUUUCAUCCCCCACCCAUUUCCUUCCCCUUUCAUCCCUCACCCAUUGCCUUCCCCUUUCAUCCGGCACCCAUGUCUUUCCCCUCUCAUCCCCCACCCAUUUUUUUCCCCUUUCAUCCCCCACCCAUUUUUUUCCCCUUUCAUCUGCCACCCAUGUCUUCCCCUCUCAUCCCCCACCCAUGUCUUUCCCCUUUCAUCCCCCACUGAUGUCUUUCCCCUUUCAUCUGCCACCCAUGUCUUCCCCUCUCAUCCCCCACCCAUGUCUUUCCCCUUUCAUCCCCCACCCAUUGCCUUCCCCUUUCAUCUUCUAGCACAGCAAGAGCGAGAAGUUUUAGAAACAAAGCGCUUUCACUUGGAAGAAGAGCAGAAGGUGUUGGAUGCCAAGAUACGACGACUGGGCAACACUGAGAGUGUCAGUAAGGCUGCAUGGCGUGUCACCAUGGAGAAAAACCACGCGGAACUGGAGUUAUGGAGAACAGAGAGAAGGAUGCGGUUUUCUACAAGAAUGUGGCGGUAGGAUCACGUGCGAGCAUGAUAAUAUUUAAUAAUGAGUCACAAAGUCAAUGAAUUGAUGUGCUCGUCACGUGUGAUCUUCCUCGUCCUUCUGCUUGACGGCUCAAACCUCCACUUGUACUAAGUUCCUGAGGAACAACAUUUUUAUACUAUAGGUGGAAAGUACUCUCUGUAGUUCUAGCAGACACUUUUCCGUUCUAAUUCCCGCGUUACAAGCGAAAUUACUCCCAUUGCGAAAAGCGACUAUGGCCUUGCUCAUUCCAGAUUGGCGUUAUAGUAGGAAGUACACCGAUCUCCCGGGAACCAUAACUUGGAAAAAACAGUGGAUACGAGCGUUGGAUGAAACUAGAAAAUUGCCUUUCAGGUUUUACUGAGCUGUAGUACCAGGUGGCAUCACGUCAACAUCAUAAGAAAAUGAAGUCGGAUUCUGGAAUCAGCAUGAUAAGUCUGGAUGACGAGGGUGAAGCCCCUCUGCGAGGAUAAUCAUGAACUAGAAAGUGUUGCAGCAUGACUACUACCUAGCAGACAUUGGAGGUGCACUUCUGCAGCUAACAUCACAGGUGAAAAUUUAACGAUAAACUUUUUUGCUUCUAGAAGAAGUCUUGCAGAGCAAUGCCAUUCAAGCAUAACCACAGAAAUCCUCAUCCAUCACCAGGUGGCCACGUUGAAAACAUCAACAAGAGCGGUGCUGUUAUA